AUUUACGCCCCCAUCAUGUUUCAUUCAUAUGAUCUCAAUGUGCAUAUUGGCAACGGACCAGGGAAAAAACCCAGUAUAUAACAAAGUGCAUAAUGUCGGCCAGGAGUCUGCAGUUUUUAGCGUACUUAUGUACGUCGAUGACUACAUUCUGGCUCUACGACUAUGCCUGUACACUUCACAAAGAGUGGACAUUCCUGCUUCGAUCGCGCUGGACCAAGAUAAAGGGUCUUUAUAUCGUCGCACGAUAUGUCCCAUUUAUCAUCUUCUCCACGAAUUUAUAUCUGAACUUCUCCCCUAACGAGAACCCCGAUAAAUGCCAGAGGUUAAACAAUAUUUUUGCAGUUUUCCGGAUAUUAUCAGUCUUUUGCGCCGAAUGCUUUUUUGCCCUCAGAACAUACACGCUCUGGAACAACAACAAGCUUGUGCUCGCAGCCGCGGUGACUGCUUUUCUUGCUGUCGUCGUGGCAUCAAUCAGCAUAACCUUCGCCACGACUGCCACUGCACCAUUUGCGACCAGCGUGGUCCCGGGCAUCACAGGCUGCUACCAGAGUUCGAGUAGUUUCCAGCUCUUCAUACCGUUUCUUCUCUUGCUUGCGCUCGAACUAGGACUUCUCUUCCUCACGCUCAUACGCGCAAUACAGAACUGGCGGACAGCUAACGGCCCUCUGUAUGUCGUUCUGGUGAAGCACAACAUAUUCUAUUACGCAUGCGGUCUGUUUUUCUCUGUGGUGAACGUCCUCACGUCGCUGCUCCUCCAUCAUGCAUACCAUGCCAUGUUCCAAGAUCUGCAGUUUUUUAUCCUUGCAAUCCUCGCCACGCGUAUGCACCUCCAUCUCUGGCAGCUCGACCAGCACGCACACGGCUCUGACGCCCUCGGAUUCAUCUACUUGUCCGACAUUUUCCCGGAGGAUUUGGAUUUUCGCGUGCCUUAUUUGGUGUCGUUCAUAGAGUGAAGUUUGGACUGAACUGAGAUGACUAGUGGGGCGGGUUUGGUCGUGUCAUCCGUCCGUGAGCGCUGCGAAUGAAUGAAUAACCAUUGGUAUUCG